UGCACUGAGCAGGACGGACGGCAGAGACCAGAUGGCAAAGUUUGGGCACAAAUACUCCGACCUCCACCUCCUCCUGCUGAAGAUAAAUAAUCCUAAUCUCGUUCCUGAAGAAUUCAGGGGGCUAUUUCAGAAUGGAAACUGAGUUUUUUCACCAAACAAAUCAAUGGAAUAUUAUUGUUACAGCAUCAGGGAUUAAACAGUUUUAAGACAGAACAUUUAACAUUCACUGGCGGCAUUCCUAACUUUCAAAACCCUUCUAUAAUUUCACAUUAUGGACCUCUCCGGCUCUUUGCCUCCAUCUUCCCCAUACACCUUCCUUUCUAUUAUCCCUAAUUUCUCUGUGCCCUCCUCCUCUCCCUCCAUCUCUCCAUCACCCAGCCUGGCGUCCACAGCUCUCUUCUGCUCCCUCCUCUCCCUCCUCUCCUUGCUGGGUAUCACAGGUAACCUGUACACUCUGGGCCUUGUUUUGAGGCGCAGGAGAAGUAGGAGAAGACGUGGAGCAACCUGCUGCCUGAUGAGAGUACCUGUACCAUCCUGCCUUGCCAACUCCUCCUCCCCUUCCUCCUCCCCCAUCUCCUCUUCCUCCUCUUCCUCCUCCUCUUCUCUUCACCUGCAGGUGCUGAGCCUUGCUCUUGCUGAUCUGCUCUACCUUUUUACUGCUCCCUUCAUCGUGUACGACAGCCUGGCGUCCGGGUGGGCCUUUGGUGAGCCAGGCUGCCGCCUCCUCCUGAGCCUCGACCUCCUCACCAUGCACGCCUCCAUCUUCACUCUUACCGCCAUGAGUCUCGACCGCUACCGGGCUGUGGCCCAUCCCCUGCAUACCUCCUCCUCCAACUCCUCCGGCCUGCUGCGUGUAGGUCUGGCCUGGGGACUGGCUGUGGCUCUUAGUCUGCCCAUGAUGAUCACACUGCACCUGGAGGAUGGGGAGAACCAGGAGGGCCAGCUGUGUGUGCCUGCAUGGGACGAGCAGAGCUCCAAGGCCUAUCUAAGCGUGCUCUUCUGCACUAGCAUUCUUGGUCCUGGGUUGGCCAUUGGAGCACUUUAUGCUACUCUAGGCCGGCUUUACUGGGUGUCUCAGACCAGGCCAGCCUGGGCCAGUGGGAGCAGCACCGCUUCUACUCCCCGUGCACCCAAACCCAAAGUGCUGCUCCUCAUCCUUGGUAUUGUCCUGGCCUUCUGGGCCUGUUUCCUCCCUUUCUGGAUCUGGCAGCUGCUGCCACUCUAUAAGCCUGACAUGCUGCGGACAGUACCAGUAGGGACACAGGUGACAGUGAAUCGUAUCCUCACAGGGCUGACCUAUGGAAACUCCUGUGUGAAUCCAUUCUUCUACACACUAUUGACAGGAAAACGAAGACGCAACCGGCAGACGCUGACAUCAGCAAAUCAGCUCUCCCGUAAAAGCAGUCCACUGCAGUAGUAUGUGCGUCUCUCGAACAGUAGAGACAAUGAUAUAAGUGUGUACGUGUGUGAAAAGGUACUGUAUAUGGAUGCUUUAUGAGUUCCAUAACAGGCACCAAAGACAAAUUAAUGGUCUUUGGUGUCUUAGGUGUCUUAGGUUAGCCUGCAAACUAAGGAAACUGAACAAUACUGAACAAAUGAUAGCACUUUGUAUAGAUCCUUGAAAGAACAAGAUUUCCUAUCGGGAGACAAUCAUGUGUCAUCAUCUAAUGGAUGCUUUAUCUGCAAACCUUUUCCACUCUUUGGUCAAAUGUGUUUUCAAUUGCUGUAUUAACCAAGUUUACAUAAUGAUCGUUUUGUUUUAAAUGUUUGAAUGAUAUUAUAUAUGUGACUAUGGUAAAGUAAUACAAUGGCAUUUCUAAGACAAGUGGUUACUACAGUAAUUAAUUGUGCAAAGUCAUUUAACCAAAUCAACAGAUUAAAUAACAGAGAAGAAUGGUUUAUUUAGUCAACAGAAUUCUUGUCCUCCAUUAAACCUGUACUGUAUUAUUACUGUAAGAUUAGGAAAGCAAAGUCUAUGCUGUAUGUUGCUCAUGCACAAGCAUUUCCAGUAAAACCCUGAUGCACUUCUGCUUGUUUUCAGAGAACUAUCAAAGAAAAUGUUUGUUUUUGAACAACUGGUUGUAACUGGUCAGGACCUUGUUGGGACAUUUUUCUGAGAUUAUGUUUAUUGACCUAAUGAAUUAUGUUUGAGCGGUUCAACAGUCUUUUGUUUGCUUCCCCAGAACCCUGACAUAUCUAAAACAACUGACCUUUUUUAUAAUCAUGACCUGCAUGUUGGGUUUGAAAUGUACUAUCAUGCAAUGCUUUGCAUGGCCUCACCUUGAGUUGAUUUAACUGAUGUUUAUA